CUUAAGAAGUAGUUUGAAAUAUAAAACUCCGUGUUUACGCAUUAUCGCAAAAUAGUAGCAAUAAGAAACUUGGUUCAAAAUUAUAGAUACCACCAAGAUCCGAUAAAUUCUGUAAAUGUAAAUUUUAAUUUGUUUUUUUAUAAUAAGCAAUUAUUUUAUCGUGAACAAUGCAUAGAACUGAGUUUGAUAAUCGCACCAAAACACUACCAAGUCCGAUCGUUCCAGUAGGCCCGCCCAAUAAAAUCGAGUUGAAUAAGGCCAAACGUAUUAAAUUUUUUCGUAACGGUGACCAAUUGUAUGUCGAGAAAAUAAUUACCAUCUCCAAGAAACGAUACAGGACAUUGGAAAAUCUUUUAGAUGAUCUAACUCGCAUCUUUGCCACAAGUUCUGCGACAACAAGCGCCAUUACCACAAUAUACGCAACAAAUGGUGAUGUUCAAACUAGCCUUGAAGACUUGAAAAAUGGUGGAACUUAUAUUUGCGCCUGCAAGAAGGAAAAAUUUGUUCCGAUUAAGAAUCAAAAUGCAUGUGAACCUAAACCAUCUCAAAUACAAGUCGGUAAAACUACUCCAUGCAGCAAUCAGAUUGCUACUUAUAAGGUAAAAUCUAAAAAGUCUAUCGUAUGUAAAGAAGCUCCUCACUUAAUAUUUCUAAUUAAGAAUGGCCCAAGGCCACGUCAUAUAUCGCAUCUGUUUUUGUACAAAAAUAACAAUCAGACAUUUGACACCGUCAUUCAGGCCAUCUCUGAUGUUAUCAAGCUUAAUACCGGCUUUGUUCAAAAGAUUUUCAAUUUGGAAGGCAAACCUGUCAACGAAUUAACAGACUUCUUUAGCUCCCAUGAUAUAUUUUUUGUUUAUGCAUCAGCAUAUCAUAAAAUUCGUAAUAAUUUUGUAUUGAGUCCUGGUGAAUCAAGAUCCAUAAAACAACUGCAGGAAAAACUUCUUAAGAUUCCAGCUAGAUGUGAGAAUAAUAAUUCUUUACAACCGAUAGCUUCUUGCAAUAUCUUUUCGGUAGGCAAAUAUCCAAGUAUCAUCGCUAACAAUUACACAAUUGAUUGUUUCAUUGGAAAAGGAGGAUUCGGUAACGUUUAUAAGAUUUUAAAACAUAGCUCAGGCAUGGAAUACGCUCUAAAAGUAGCCAAUAAAGCCAAAUCCAAAAAUGCACACCUUGAAAUCGAGAUCAUGAGAAGGUUAAAUCAUAGAAACAUCGUAAAAUUGAUCGAUUCAGCAGAAAAAUACAACAAACUUUUUAUAAUAUUAGAAUUCGUGAGAGGUGCCAGUUUACUGAAGAUUGUUCAUAAAGUACAUGUGCCCGAGGAACAAGCUCGUUUAGUUCUAAAAGAACUUUCCGAAGCGCUAUCGUAUCUUCACUCCAAGAACAUAAUUCAUCGUGAUGUAAAAGCUAACAACAUUUUAGCCGAAUGUGACAGUUCAAGUGAUGAUAUUAAACAUAUUAAACUUACAGAUUUUGGAGCGGCCUGUAAAAUAUGUACUUCUUCACAGCAACGAUACUAUGGUACACCAUCUUGUGCAGCACCGGAAGUUAUAAAGGGUUUUAGUUAUGGAGCAAAAAUAGAUGUUUGGGCUGCAGGAUUAGUGCUUUUCAUUAUGUUAACUGGAAAGUCAGCAUUCUCUAAGAAAAUGUUCCAAACAAAGGAGGAAAUGUUUGCAGCAAUUGGAUCGGGAAAAUACACAUUUCCGAAGCAGUUAGAAUGGAAGGUAUCUGAAUCAGCGAGGGAUUUGUUAAAUAACAUGUUAAAAGUCGAUCAAAAGCAACGUUACUCUAGUGCUGGAGUAUUAAAACAUCCCUGGAUUAAAGGCAAUACUAACUAAUCAUACUGAUAUUUGUUUUUUUUUG